AUGAACUUUUAUCUCUACUUCUACAUCUACCCUUACCUUCUCGAUACCAGACUUACCGGUAUAACCUCUAACCCAUUUAGCCCAAGAAAAGUAGGGAAAAGGAGACAGAAAAUGGAUGGGUAUUCCAAGAUCAGACUGGCUAAGGGCACCAAAUCCAGAUCCAUGGAUAUAUCAGAUUUCUCAAUCUUCCCUGAAACCCAAAAAGCCACUGAAACCACAAGUCCAAACCACACCUCCAAGACCCAUGAAUGCAAACAGAUCAAGAGCCCCAACACCCAUGAGGCCCCUUCAGAUUCAGUGUAUGAACGUGGGAAUGGAGAGAGAUUUGGUAUGAAGUUAACUAGAAACAGUUCAGUUUCUUCAGCUUCAUCCCACAUGUUCAAGUUUGAGAAACAGAGCACAACAACAACACUCCAGUCUGCUGUGAAAAGGGCCUUCUCAAUGAGCAGAUCUUCAUCAGUUUCUGAGAGGUAUUGCAGGAUCCAUGAUCAGUGUGUAACACUAGCUUCUUCCAUGGAUGAUGAUGAUGAUAUUGAAGCCAUAGACAACAACAAUGAAAUGGAGAGAAGAUCUGUGAAGAAGAAGAAGCAUAGCAGGAGCAGUAGCAGUAGCAGUGGCAGGAUCUUAAAAGCCUGUAAGCGCCUUUUUGGGCUUUAG